CUGCACACUUCUGGGUGUAUACAGCCACAGCUGCGACAAAGUGUGAGAGCUGCACCUCGUACUAAUCAACAGAGUGAUCACUGAGCCAGUACACCGCCAUUCGGUUUGUACAUACACGGUUACCGGUGUUAUAGUCUAUGACGUCACUCUAAAACACUCAUGGACAAGCUUGAAGGUUACUAUUUCUCCGCUUUAUUCAGCGGCUGUUUUCUGCUAUCCAGUGUACUUUUUUCAAAACUCACCAGAGAACAAAGAGAUCCAUACAUGGAUGAAAUUUUCCACAUCCCGCAGGCACAGCAAUACUGCCAUGGUCACUUUAAUCAGUGGGAUCCCAUGAUCACUACCCUUCCUGGCUUAUAUCUGGCAUCUGUGGGUAUUGUUAAACCGGUUGCUUGGAUUUUUGGAUGGAAUGAAACCGUGGUCUGUUCUCCUGGAAUGCUCCGUUUUGUAAACCUUCUCUUCAGUCUCGGAAAUCUGUACCUGGUUUAUUUGAUCUUUUGCCAGGUUCACUUCAAACACAAGGUUUCAAGUUUCAGGAAAAUCUUGUCCGCCCUCAAUUUGUACUUAUUUCCCACCCUUUAUUUUUUUACCUUCCUUUAUUAUACAGACUCUGGAUCUACGUUUUUUGUUCUUUUCACUUACUUAAUGUGCCUUUAUGGGAACCAUAAGAGUGCCGCCCUUUUAGGGUUCUGCGCCUUCUGUUUUCGGCAAACAAACAUCAUAUGGAUCAUUUUCUGUGCUGGAAACGUCAUUGCAGAUGAGCUGACAAAAGCACGGAACAUUCACAUGAAGAAGAAAGAUGAAAAACCAGUGGAAAAAGGAACAAUUUUCGAAUUUGCUGAUAUUAUAAUAUUUAUUCUUCGUUACAUGUUAUCCUUUAAGAAUGUGUUAACUCUUCUUGUGUUAACAUGGCCGUAUGUUAUUUUAGUUAUUGCAUUCUUGGGUUUUCUUGUUGUUAAUGGUGGAAUAGUUGUAGGAGACAAAAGCAACCAUGAAGUCUGUUUUCACUUUCCCCAGUUGUUUUACUUCUUCGCUUUUACGCUCGUUUUUUCAUUUCCUCACCUGAUUUCUUUACAGAAGAAAAAAGAUUUCAUUAAGGCGUUAAAAAGACAUUGUUGCUUAUACAUAGCAAUAGCCUGUAUAUCUUUAUUUCUUAUUUGGAAAUUUACAUAUGUACAUCAAUAUUUGAUUGCAGAUAAUCGCCACUACACGUUCUACAUCUGGAAGAAAAUAUUCCAGAGACAUGAACUAGUGAAAUAUAUUUUAGUUCCGGGCUAUAUAUAUGCUGCAUGGAGCUUUGCCGAUGCUCUGAAGAGCAAGUCCAUUUUAUGGCUCCUGAUGUUUUUUACCUGUAUACUGGGUGCCACGGUUCCUCAAAAAUUAAUGGAGUUCCGUUACUUUAUCCUACCAUACCUCAUCUUCAGGCUCAACAUACCCAUCCCUUCUGUAACCAAACUUCUUCUGGAGUUGGCUCUAUAUAUCUCUGUCAACUUAGUAACCUUCCAUCUGUUCUUAAAUAAGCCUUUUUAUUGGCCUGAUCAUGAGGAAAUCCAGAGAUUUAUGUGGUAAGCUGAUGACUCACUUGUUUGUUGCCCUGGCACCAAAACCGUUUAUUUUGAGUUGAACAACUCUUCAGGGUUUGCACCAGGCCUGACCAAAUAGACAAUUCGUAUUAGUGAGUUUUGAAAUGUAGAAUUAUGCACUUAUGGUUUUGGAAUCAAAAUUGACCAAUUGGUUGCUUUACUACACUUGUUGGAUCAUAACUGGGAGUCUACAGAUUGUCCGUCCUUUACACAUUGCAUAGUGAUUAUUGUGAAUCACAUGGAUAAUCAGACUGACAUUCUUUGGGUUGGUAAUCCACACGUUGUUUGGAAGAGGAUUGCAUUUCAAGAUCUGGAAUUCUCUAAACACCGUAAGCACUAAAGACCCCUUGUUCACCAUUUUGCUGUUACAGAAGAUACACUUUUGCAUUAGAUAUCAGGUCUAUCUGUGUUUGUAAAACAUUUAUUUCCUGGGUGAGUUGAUACAAUCAGCUGAUAAAUGCCACUUGGACACAAUUGAUAUUGUUAAUGCAGAAGUGUAACUUCCACAGUAGCCAUAUUGCUUGAGCAGAAGAGCCAUGUGCAUCUAGGGGCCCCUCUGUUGGAGUUUAACCAUUCUUCACUGGUUUGACACAGAACUAAAGGAUGGUACCCGCUAUAUUGGUUAUGAUGCUUGGAUUGCCCCUUUUGAAUUUAGAAGGUUUUCAAACUGGGCACAGAUUAAAAGUAACUGUUUCAUAAAGUUGUCAAAUGGUGGUUUGUGAUUUAUUGGUCCCCCCCUCCCCCAACCCCUUUUUCCAGUAAGUAGCUUACUAUUACGCACAGUAACGUUCUUGUAACAAAAAAUAUUUUUGACACAGAAUUCUUAUAUGUUUAAAUAUGUAUUGAUUGCUUUGCAAAGGUGUAGUAUUUUUGUUAAACCAGAGAAAUCAUUCUUUUUUUAUUGAACACAAUAUAAUGUAUGUAAUAUAGCCU